AUGCAGUUGUUUGACACCGGCGAGUACAACUACGGCACUACCACUCACAACUCGUACGGUGGUUUCGCUAUGCACAAGUGCAUUACACACAAGAAAUGCAAAGCCAAAGCUCGAGCGCGCCCGGCCGAGUCCGGCGAGCAUACGUCAGCGCUUACGGGCAAGAAGCUCAAUGGCAUCCACGUUGUCCUCCGUGACGAGAUCGCCAACCUUUGUCUCGGGGGAAUGGGUCCAAAGGGAGGGCUGACGCGACUCAACGUCAAGUACAUGAACAAAGAAAUCAUCCUUCGGCUACUGCCGGAAGUCAACCAGAUCAAGAGCUUCCAUGCCCCCACAUUCAAAGAGUCCUCGCUUGUCAUCAAGGACUACAUGCAACUCCACGAAUGGGCCUCGAAACAGCUUUGUACUACCCGCGAAGCUUUUACGCUCCGAGACUACUAUUACUUUUCAAAGUUGGCCUGCAUUUAG